AUGCCCGCCGCCGCCGCCCCCGGACGCAUCCGGAGCCGCGCGGCGCCCGCCCCCAUGCGGGGCAACUCCUCGCUGUGGCUGGACCUCGACGACAAGGUUGGCGGAGGCGGUGGCGGCGGGGCGGGGGGCGGCGAGGACGUCUCGUGGGCUCGCGCGACCUGCGGAGACUGCCUGCUCAACUCCACCUCCACCGCCUCCUCCUCCUCCGCCGCCCCUCCCGCCCCCGAGCUGGACUGGAGCUUCCUGUUCGCCGCGGCGUUCAUCCUGGCCGGCGGCGUGGGCAACAUCCUGGUGUGCCUCGCCGUGUGCCUGGACCGCAAGCUGCAGAACGUCACCAACUACUUCCUGCUGUCGCUCGCCAUCGCCGACCUGCUGGUCAGCCUGUUCGUGAUGCCGCUGGGCGCCGUGCAGGGCUUCCUGGGGUACUGGCCGCUCGGCACGGCGUGGUGCAACGUGUACGUGACGUGCGACGUGCUCGCGUGCUCGGCCAGCAUCAUGCACAUGUGCUUCAUCAGCCUGGGCCGCUACCUGGGCAUCCGCAACCCGCUCAAGACGCGGCACUCCUACUCCACCAAGCGGCUGGUCGGCUUCAAGAUCACGCUGGUCUGGCUGCUGUCCAUGCUCGUGUCCAGCUCCAUCACGGUGCUGGGCCUGCACAACCCGCUCAACAUCAUGCCGCAGCCGGGGCUGUGCGUGAUCAACAACCGCGCCUUCUUCGUGUUCGGCUCGCUGGUCGCCUUCUACGUGCCCAUGGUGAUCAUGGUGGUGACGUACGCGCUCACCGUGCAGCUGCUGCGCAAGAAGGCGCGCUUCUGCGCCGAGCACCCGGAGUCGGACAAGUUCCGGCGCCUCGGCGGCCGGUUCGCCGCCUCCAAGGGCUCCGGUGGCGGCGGCGGCGGCGGCGUGGGGCGGCGGUCCGGGUCCGGGAACCGCUCGCACCAGCGCUCCUCCACCAUCUCGCACCAGCUGUACCGCGGCGGCGCCGCCUCCGACAGGGACGGCGCGUCCAGCCUGCGCGUCAGCUCGUCGCACCCGCAGCUCAGCUUCGUGGCGAACGGCGGCGGCGGCGGCGGCGGAGGCGGCGGAGGCGGAGCCAGUGGCCGCCGCGACCAGGGCACCCAGACGCCGGAGAACAUUGCGCGAGAGACGCGCAACUUCAGGCUGCGCUCGCUCAGGCUGCAGCUCAACAUGGGCCCGUCCACGCUCAACCUCAGGUUCCUCGCGGGGCGCAGCCGCCGCCGGUCGCUGGCGGCGAACGCCGUCGCCACGGAGCAGAAGGCGUCCAAGGUGCUGGGCGUGGUGUUCUUCACGUUCGUGCUGUGCUGGUCGCCCUUCUUCGUGCUCAACAUCCUGUUCGCCGCGUGCCCGCUGUGCCCCGUGCCCGACCACGUGGUGGACACGUGCCUGUGGCUGGGCUACGUGUCGUCCACCAUCAACCCGGCCAUCUACACCGUGUUCAACCGCACCUUCCGCGCCGCCUUCAUCCGCCUGCUGCGCUGCCGCUGCCAGAGGACCGCGCGCCUGCCCAGGUACCGCUCGGUGAGCGAGCACCGCCACCUGCCCGGCUCGGCGUCCCUGCUCGCGACGCCUUCCAGCGCCUCGUCGACGGCGGCUGUGGCGAGGGCCGCCGCUCUUCCGCUGUCCCUCUCGCUGCAGGGCACGCCCUUGCUGACCCCUUCCUCCGCUGCGUCGGCGUCUUCCUCCUGCCUGGCGGCCCGCACCCCCUCCGGCGCCUUCGCGCCCGAGGCCUUCUGCAUCGACGAGUGCGGCUGAGACACCCCCGCGCCUCUCUUCUGCUCUUCAGCAGCAGCUCGGAUAUCCCCGCGUCGGAUCUUCCGAGACCACCCCCCGGGUCCAAUCGGGACUGUGCGGCGCGAGCGGUUGUUCCCGUGGACGUGAGAAGGGGAGACAAGUGAUCGAGUCUCUCUUUGAGCUAUACUCGCCAGCAGGGGCGGCGCAACAACAGGGGAGGGGAGGGGGGGCGCAAGCAUAUUCUGCACCCCCCCCCCCCCCCACCCUCCUCUGAAACCUUUGAAGUGGGGGCAAACGGGGGCAAAGAAAGUGCCGUGUAAUCAAUUUUUUUUUGAUAAUAAAACUGUUUAAAUAGCACGGUUUUCCAACCUUGAAAUGCAAAUUUUCCCCGGGUGGAGGACCCCCCGGACCCCCCCAGCUUCCAAUAGGGGGGAUCGAUGAUUUUAAAAAAAAAAAAAAAAGUAUAUUGCUCCCCCCUGCCCGCCCGCUUUUGGAAAUUUAGUUGUUGCGCCCCUGCUCGCCAGUGAUGUGUAACAUCUGACCUCGGUAAACGAGGUUCCUCUUGUUGAAAAUAGCCCUCUUUUACACCAACUACCAAACUCGGACGCGAAAAUUUGACGUUGAAUUCCUUUGAAAAAUGAAGAGCCGAGCGUUGACACGAAUUAAUAUACGCGAAUAAAUUUCUGGACGCGAAUCGCAACGUAGUUUCUUCACACGCCGCUAGAAUUCGCUGCCGGAGCAGCUACGCGUCGACUACCGAAACAUUCCAUUUGCAGACCGAAAUUUUAAACGAUAUAAUGAAACGGCUCCGAUAAAAGCGAAAAAGACUUGAAAAAAACAAUACUAAACCCCGGCUUUGGCCCUGAUUUUCGACAAAGGAUUUUUAUCAAAAUAUCGCCCAUGCUAAAAAAAAUAUUCAUUAAACCGUUAACACUUUAAAGUUUCCUUUUUGUCUUUGUGAACUUUGGAUUCGCGACAUCCGCCACAGAUGGCAGCACCGUGGUUACACAUUUCCGUUCCGUGUGACUUCCGUUCCAUUCACGAAAUUACUCCCGCCAGAUGCCGCUUACCGAGAGUUGAGAUGUUACACAUAAAAAAAUCUGAUGACGUAAGACCGCGGGUUAUCGGGGUGCCUGGAUUGCGGGGUCCAUGGAUCUUGGGGGUUUCUCGACCAGUGAAAGUGCGUAUUCGAGAUGACGUUAACUGCCAAAAUACCAAACGCUGGUGAUGUUGAUCUCAUGGAGACCACUUGUGCGUGCGCGCGCUGUCGUUGCUUCACGAGAAGCCAUCAACUGCACCUUGAGACGCCAAACGAUGAUACGAUUAUUACACUUUUUACAAGCCCUGGGUCACCAACUCCGUGUCAACACAUGGGUUUUGCAAGCCAAUUGAAUAGGCCUACUAACAAUAGCCGGCUGACAAAACAUUCGUGUUAUUCAAGCUGCAAUAGUAAAAAAAAAAAUAACUAAACGUUAAAUGCCGCACUGUAUCUAUGAGCGUGGUAUAUCUGCGCGCGUGUUAACAGCGACACUAUUUUUUUUUUAUCGGAGUUAAAGUCAAAGAACACUUUGAUGUGGUAGACAUUGUGAAUCCUCAGCACUCCAACAAAGACUUUCACGUAAAUGAUUUUCCAUGUUCAUGUGCGAGUUUUAUUUUUUUGCUGGAAUUCUGGAAGAGAACUAGGUCUAACCUAGAUCUUAUAAAAAAAAACUUAACUAUUCUCGCUACAAAAUAGUUCAAGCGCCAUAAUUUGGUACCUAAACGCAUGUGUAUGCGAGAAUAUUUUAAAAACUUAUGACUUUAACAUAUAGUUUUAUAAAAAAAACAUUUCCCAGCGUAUACUUAAGCUAGUCCUGAUGAACAAGUUGAACAAAUGUCUGAGACAGCUGAAUGAAGCCAAAUUAUGUAAAUUGUGUACUGUAAAUAUAAAUUAAAUCGAU